AUGGUGGCUCUUCCCAUGGACAAGGUCCCUUUGUGGCUUGACUGCGAUCCUGGGCACGACGAUGCCUGCGCCAUCCUGCUCGCUGCGUACCACCCGAAGUUGCAUCUUCUGGGAAUCAGCACUGUCUAUGGGAAUGCACCUCUGACCAAGACCACCAACAAUGCGCUGGCCGUACUGGAGGCUAUCGGCAAGCCGGACAUCGCCGUUAUUCCCGGCGCGGCCAGGCCCUUCUGCCGACUGCAUCGUGCGGCGCAGGAGAUCCACGGUGAAAGCGGACUCGAUGGCACAGACUUGCUCCCCAAACCCCAGCGGAGACCGCUCGGCCACCUGAAUGCGGUCAAAGAAAUGAGAGACUCUUUGAUGGCGUGCCCUCCAAACACUGCCUGGAUCGUGGUGACAGGAACUUUGACCAACUUGGCGCUACUUAUGGCAACAUUCCCAGAAGUUGCGCACCACGUCAAGGGUGUCAGCAUCAUGGGAGGUGCUAUCGGCGAUGGCUUUGCCCCGGUUUCAAUGGGAACAGACUACACCGAUGCAGAAGGUCGCACGCGCAAGAGAAUUGGCAACUACUCUCCAUUCGCUGAGUUCAAUAUUUGGUGCGAUCCAGAAGCGUCCCAGAGCGUCUUCCAAAACCCAGCCCUAAAGAAUAAGACUUACCUCAUACCGCUCGAUGUAACGCACCAGGCAUAUGCCGGCAAGAGUGUCCAAGACAUGCUUCUCAACGGUAAGAACAAUCGUGGUGGGCAGCCAACACGAGUGCGCAGGAUGUAUAAUGAGCUGCUCAUGUUCUUUGCCGAGACUUACCACAACGUUUUUGGCUUGAGCGAGGGACCACCUUUGCAUGACCCGCUGGCCGUUGCCGUCCUUCUGUGGGACUUUCCUGAAGACAUAAGCCGGAUAAUGUUCGACGAUAGAGGUGGUGAGAGGUGGGACAUCAAUAUUAUCACCGAGGGCGAGCAGGUCGGCCGGACAGUCGCGGUACCGGCAAAGGAAGGAUGUGUGAUACCACGUUCCCUGGAUCUCGAAAAGUUUUGGCACGUGUUGGAAGACUGCAUGGACAGGGCGGAUGAGCAAACAGGGCGGCGGGUGUAG